GACUCGAGUCUAGACUGCGAAAAAAAACUAAAGUUUGACGAAGAGUUCCUGUGUGCGGUAUUUACUAUCCUACUGGAAGUGACUGAUACUAGCGGUCUGCAGUUAAGCCGUAUGAGUACAUAAGACCUAGAUCAUAGAAGGGAAAUGACAGGCAUGGAAUUGGACCCAAUUUUCACAAAGGCAUUGGCCCUCUUGCGGUCUAGGAGCAAGGACUCAACCGACCAAUUGAAACAGAUGUUAGAUGAUGUACUUGGCAAGACCUCAGGAAAGCAGCUGAGCAGUAAGCCUGCUUCUCCAUCAGUGACUGCAUCAAGGAGUGAGAUUCCUACCAAGAAAACAACUGUGAAGAGACCCGCUGAAAAGUCAAGUUUUGGAGCGGCUCUUUCUAGCGGCGACACUGGCGUCGUUGCGAAGAAAGCAAAGAUAGAGGCAGAGGUCCGGCAGUCCAAGAUUCAACCACGGAAACCGGUGAUCGAUGAUGACGACGAUGACGACCACGACCAUUCUGUGGAGGAGGAUGACGACGAUGAUGACACGGACGAUGAUCAGACAGAGGAGAAAGAAGAGAACACAAGUCAGAGCAGUGAGGAAGAAGACGAUGAGAGGGGAUCGAGGAAGGCGGAAGAGAAGCUGGGAGCCUCUGUCGGCGAUGAUGACGAAAUGUGGCUGGGUUUAGCCUGUGUGGUGUGUAAGGAUCUCGAUAUAUCAGCUGGUAACACACUGAUUGAAUGUCAAGAAUGCCAUAAUCUUUAUCAUCAGAAAUGCCAUACCCCACCUGUCACUGAUGCAGAUCCUAAUGAUCCUAGACUGGUCUGGUAUUGCGCAAAGUGUAAACGCAACAUGAAGAAACUGGUCGCUAAGAAACCAGCGAACCUCCCUGAGACAGUCAUUACCAGUGGUUUGUCUUCAUCAUCAUCCUCCUCGUCAUCGUCGUCGACAUCGGGGAAAGAGCAAGAUAAGAACCAGGAUCAAACGAGUCCAAUGAAUCUAUUCAGAAGAGCUGACCCUAAGCCCUCCCCUACCUCAACAUCCAGUGGCCAGCAACCAUUUGGCGGUCUAGCGAGCUUCGCCGCUCAUCUCACCAAUCGACAAAAUUCCUCAUCGUCCAAAUCCUCUGCCUCUGGAUCCAGUCGCAUCAUAACAAGCACCGGAGCUAAAAUAGCGCCCUCAUCAAUUACCAGUCGAAGCUCAAGCACCUCAGGUACAGUGACCACCAUGAGCGGGAAGCUCGUGAAGCCGCAAUCUGUGCAGCGGUCGACGUCCGUCUUGCAGUCGGGUAAGUGGCCGAGCGCACCCUCGGGGAUGUCUGCGACUGCGAAGACGACAUCGAGCAGUUCGGCGUCGGGGAAGGCACUGCCGCAAACUAGCACGGCAUCAGCCAUGAAGAGACUGCAUAUGAUGAAAAAGAAAGCUUCGAAACGAUAGCGUUCUGGAACUAACCCUAAGUCCAUUCUCUGGGAUGUCUGCGAAAGAAAAGAUAAUGGUGAACAGUUUAGUAGCAGGGAAGGAUCUGCUGCUACAAUUGCAGCAUCGGCCAUGAAGAGAGUAUAUACAAUAAAAACUCAAAAGCGAUGAAAUGUUCUGGAGCCUCGUGCAACCUCAUUGAUGUUUUCGACGACAAAAGCAACAUCAAGUAAUUCAGCGUUGCAGACGGCACUCCUAUGAGUAUGGCUUUGUCCAUGCAACGACUACACUCAAAUGCUAGAGAUUUUUCCAAUGUAUUUGUUUCAAAUUAUGUACGAUUUGAAGACUUAAUAACUUUUUGAGGGGUGAAAGAUUCUUGUAGACCUGUAUUUGUGAUUGUAUGAUAUAUUUCUUCUGAGAAAGACCUUUGAUGAUAGACUUGAAUUCGUUAUUGUAUAGAUUAUUUUUUCUGAGAAAAAUUUGAUAGAAACAUCGGAAGAAUGUAACAUUGGAAGAUCAUUAAUUGUAGACCGGUGUUUGUUAUUGUAUGGAUUUAUUUCAUCUGAGAAAAUGAAAUAAACAUUGGAAGAAAAUGAAUAUAAAAUCCAGAGAUGCCAAGU